AUUUUACUAAAAGGAAGAAUUGUUGGACAGCAUAUGUCAAAUUGGAUGAAGUUUGUACAAGCAAAUCAUAUUCUCUCUGCUCCAUCAAUUACUAAAAAAGAAAUUGAAACUGCACAUAGUUUAUUCGUUGAAUUUGUUCAAAAGAAUGUUGAAUUAUAUGGGGAAGAUUUCAUAACUCCAAAUAUGCAUUUGUAUCUGCACUUGCAUGAAACUAUUCGUGAUUUUGGCCCUUUGUACUCUACAUGGUUAUAUAGUUUUGAACGAACAAAUGGCGAUAUAAAGAAGACAGAUAUCAACUUUAAGGAAGGACUUGAGUUUACGUAUAUGGAGAAAUAUCUUCAACGUGCUCAUAUGCAAGAUUAUAUGGAACUACUGCCUGAUAUAAUCAAGAACAAUACCAUCAUGAUGGGUAUCCUUAGAAAACUUUUACCUGGUAAUACUAACAAUAGUGACAAAUUUAACUUGGAAACAUUUAUAGAUAAUGCAACUCGUAGAACAGCUGUUUUAACUGGUAGCGAGCCACUUCCUGCCGCAAGCUUUCCUUUGAAAUCAAAGAAGCCUAUUGUUAUGAAUAGCAAGCAUUUUAAAUGUUUAUUAGAUUUUUAUAGUUCUGUUUACAGUAGUAAACAUAAGGUUGUAAGUAUUGCUAACAUUACCUCCUCAACGUCCAUGGAUAUCAUUGUGAGCAGCCGCAUUUGCAAGUUUGAUCGCAGUGAUAUACUUGGACAAUUGUUUAGAUCUGUAGAAAGCAGAACAAAACGUGGUGCUUUUAUUCAGGCUAUGGUUCCUGCAAAAGAGGGUAUUUUUAGAGUAGGUCGAAUCCUAUACUUCUUUUCUCAUGAAUUGAUUAUUCCUGGUGAUAACUUGUUCGGCACUCCUCAAAAUAAACAGCAUUUAUUUGCAUUUGUUCAAUGGUAUCAAAAGUCUGACAAAGAAUUCGAUUCUUUCGAUAUACAUAAUAUCCAGGUUUGGAAAGAAGCUUUUGAACCAUCAAGUGCUUUAUCAAUACUACCAGUACAGCAAAUUCAUACUUGUGUGGCUGUUAUGAAAUAUAUUGAUAACACUAUUCUUGCAAUGCCUUUACCCAGAAGAACAAUUGGUUGA